AUUCCACCUAAAACACAAAUGACAAGGUUAAUGCGGUUGUAGCAUGGACUUUCCACAAAAAGAAAUACAAAUCAUAACCUCUCAUUCAAAUGCAUAUACAAAUCUUAUGCACGCAGGAAAGAUUUUCAUCUUAAUUCAAUCACUAUUGAAACUAUUGAAGUAUAUCGCUUUCAAUUUUAUAAUACAGUUUUUGGAAAUUGUCGUUUGACUUGAAUGCAGAUGCAACUUUUUCUAUUAAGAACUAAAGAAUGUGAUUAGCGUGCUCUGAAUACAAUGAAUUUUCACGUCAAAUUGGUGCAUAUUUUCAAUUUUUUUUUUCAUUUUUUCAUUGUUAACUUGGGCUGUAAAAUUCAUACUUGGACGACAAAGUGUUAAUUUGUAUGCUCAACAGGACUAUUCACGUAAAUAACUAUUUUUCAAUUUACCUGUUCCAUUACAUCAAAUUCCCGCCAAAUAUUUGAAUGUUAACCCCUUCGGGACUCGCUAGAAUUGCCUGCGCACCCCUCGGGAAUCGUUUAUCCUUUCGCAUUAUCGCGUUCUAUCGAAAUAGAAUGGCGAAUUUGGCGAAUUUUUAGUUUUCCCAAGAAAAGGGUUAAUAAACACAACAUCGAUUUCAUGAUAGAAUAUAUAUAAUAUGAUAUAUCAUGAAUUUCCCAUCAUUUGGGGGCCAUUUUUCCACCACAAUUCCUACAAUUCACCAGUUCGCUGCCAAAUUUUCCCAAGAGAAUUCGAAUAACUCCUGUCCUGCUCAGGAGAAUAGCAACAGAUAUACAGCUAAUGGAGUACCAUCGUUCACUCAACAUCAUCAUGCCACACAGCAACAAAUGCUGAAUACUAUAAAUAGUGGUAAAUAUCAGGGCAACUACUUGAAUCAAGCAAUUUAUACUCAGCAAAACAAUGUUCGUCCAGAAAAACGACAGAUCUUUGAACCUCAAGAGUUUGCUCAGGAGUUAUGUGCAGCUAUGCUUCAACAGAGUCAGCAGGAGAAACACAUUGAAAGGAUCAAACCUGAUAGCCAAGAGGUCGAUAGGAGAAAUCAACAGUCUUCCCAAAAUAUUGAACAGAUUAUACAGCAAUCUCAUCAAACAGCUCAACAGAAUAUUAACCAAACAUCAUCUGUAAUGCCUCCAGCAUGGCAAUCGCUUGCUACCUCAAGUUCUACAGUAGCCGAUUACUUGUCUCAUUUGCCAUCUUCUACGUUACCUUUGAGUUUACAUCACUUUCUGAAAUAUUCAGCAGAGAGUAUAAAAAAGGAACAUGUACAGCAACUUACCAUUCCAAGUACUAACGACACAAAUUCUAAUCUCUCACACAACAGUUCCCUGAACGUAGGGGGUCUGAAUGUUAGUACUUCCAGUGCUACUGUCAAUAAUUUGGUGUCGUCAAAUGGUGUAAAUUCUUUAACUACAAUCAACACUGCCCAACUUCAGAAUAUAUGCCCCGCUAAAAAGAAGAGAAAGAAAAGGCCCGAGAAGGAGAAAAAACCUCGCCCAAAGCCAGGUGAGAUUCGUCUUACUACCGCCCUGGAUGGCUCCACUUUAUACUGCUGCCCAGAAUGUCACAUGGCGUAUCCUGAAAAAGAGCUACUAGAACAACAUUUGGUGGGUCACACUUUGGAGCGACGGUUUGUUUGCGACAUAUGUGGUGCAGGACUCAAAAGAAAAGAUCACCUGACAAGGCACAAGCAGUCCCAUAACCCUGAAAGGCCGUAUGUAUGUACAGUGUGUCUAAAGGCCUUCAAACGAAAGGAACAGCUCACCUUACACUUUGUCAUUCACUCUGGGGAGAAAAGGCACAUAUGUUCUGAAUGUGGAAAAGGUUUUUAUAGAAAGGACCAUUUAAGAAAACAUACCAGAUCACAUAUUGCUAGAAGAGUGAAGGCAGAACUAUCACAGCAAAGUACAACUUCUCAAGGACUGCAUCUUCAGGUGCCUGCACCUACUAAUACAACAACUACUAAUAAUAAUAGUGCAGGUAUAAUUUCAUAAAUUUUGCAGCAAUUUUCAAUUUUUGUUGAAAAUUCUAGUACUCAGUGUGAUCUUGAACAAUCGAUUGGCGUGGUAAAUUUUGGCUGUGAUAUUUUUCAUUUAGUCUAGGCUAGUCUGUAGAUCUAAUCUACUUUAAAUUUGAUUAUGACCUUAUUAUGUCGAGGUAUAAGAUAUAAAUUCGAAAUUUACUGUUAUAUUUGGAAAAAGUUGAAUAUUUUUGUUGUUGACAGUUGAGUACUAGAAUUGAAAAUUCAGAGUAUGAGUUACAAAUCUCUAGUCCUUUUGAGACUACCUCAUUGCUAAUUAUUGUGAUAAAAUUUAUAAGAUUUAUACUCCCAGAUAUAUAUACUCUGUUUUAUGAGUUUGUUUUUUAUGGUACAUUUGCUUCAAAAGUAUAGUACAAAUAUUGUUAUGUGUUUUAUUUUAAAUUUUUUGUUUUGCAGUUGAUAAUGUAGCAGGUGUUCUCAUUUGUCUUUUUUUAAGCACUAUUUAUAUACUCAUUUAUUUUAUUGGAUAACUGUGUAAUGAGUUGCAUUUUUAAUUAUUAUACAAAGAAAUCAGCUAA